ACCUGUCGCGUUUCCUGUAAAUCAGUUUGAGACGCAGCUAUUAGCAACCACUGGAUUGGAUUUUUAUUCACCUCAGAGACGAUUAAGAAGACAAUAUAGCAACGCUGCCGCUUUUCUAGAUGUUUCCAUCACUGAGCGCCUGAGACGCCAUGGCGUUAAGACUGGUUUAACAGAAUGAGAUAGAGAGAGGUUUUUUUUUUCUUUUUCAAGAAAGAUGGCCGACACAGAGCAGCGAGAUCCUCCUCCUCCUCCUCCACAGAUUGGACCUGCGCAAUUCCUGUUGAGUAACAAACUGGAGUCGGCCAUGUGGCUCUCGCGGCUCUUCACGGUCUACUGCUCCAUCAUGUUCAUCCUUCCUCUGCUUGGACCAGUGGCAGCGGCUAACUUCUACCAGCGAGCUCUGUUGGCCAACGCUUUGACCAGCGCUCUGCGUCUGCACCAGAGGCUUCCUCACUUCCAGCUGAGCCGAGCCUUCCUGUCGCAGGCGUUACAGGAGGACAGCUGCCAUUACCUCCUCUACUCGCUCAUCCUGGUCAACUCCUACCCCAUCACCAUGAGCAUUUUCCCCGUGUUCCUCUUCUCACUUCUUCAUGCUACCACAUACACUAAGAAAGUUCUUGAUACGAUGGGACCGGGCAGUCUACAGUUCGUCCGGAACUUCCUGAACAAGCUCACAGCCAAUCAGCAGAACAUUCUGAAGUUCAUCGCCUGUAAUGAGAUCUUUCUGAUGCCAGCUACUGUCUUCAUGCUCCUCAGCGGACAGGGCAGCCUGCUGCAACCCUUUAUUUAUUACCGCUUCCUGACUUUGCGUUAUGCCUCCAGACGAAACCCUUACUGUCGGACCCUGUUCACAGAGUUGCGGAUUCUCCUGGAGCACUUUGUGAUGAAGCCUGCCUGCCCCGCCUUCUUCAGGAGAAUGUGCCUCAAUAGCAUCGCCUUCAUCAGCCGUCUGGCCCCUACAGGAGUCUAAAUGCACUGUAUCAACACAUACUUGAGCUCCAACAAAGUGACUAGCUGUGAGAGUGAGUUCCUCCAAUGUAGAUUUCUAAGGAGGCAGUUCCUGUUCUUUGCAUGGAGAGCAUUUUUCUAUUUUGGAGAAACCCCACCAGUCUGAGAGGCAGAGCAGCAAAUGUUAUAUACUUCCCAGUGUAUUAUAAAAUCGCCUCAGCUCUUUGGUCAGUGCUGCUGAAAGUUUAUUUAUAAAAUUACUAAGGAUGGAUGCUUUUCAUACAGGAGUGGAUGAAACAACUAUUUAAGCUUAGAGUAAAUAAUUACUAGGUUUAUGUAGUUAAUUAGCCCUUCAUAUGUAGGGAAGAGUUUCUGUUGAAUUUUCAUGGUCUGAUUUGUUCAAUUUUAUGACUGUAGUUAAAGCAGGUUCUUGAAAUCAAAACAAUCUGGUGGUUAGUUCUUUUUAAAGAUUUGUGAGUAGGAAAGGAAAACCCUGAUUAGAUUAACUCAUUUAUUGAACACAAUUGUAAUGUGCUGCCUUGAAUGUGAUUUGUUCAAAGUUAUAUUAAAGGCAUUCUGGUUUUAAUUCUCAUUAAAAUCCAGUA